AUGGCUAGCAAUCGCUCGUUUGCUGAAAUGAGAGGAAAAAACAGUCUGGGUAUCCUGUGGUCUGAAAGGGAUGAAAUCAAAACUGCUCAAACAUACUUGGAAUCUGCAGAAGCCUUGUAUAAUCAAUACAUGAAAGAGGAUGGAAAUCCUCCCUUGGAUCCCAGUGAACAUUUCAUGGCAGAAGAAGAAAAACUCACAGACCAAGAAAGAUCAAAAAGAUUUGAAAAAGCCUAUACCCACACUUUGUAUUAUCUGGCGCAAGUCUACCAACACCUGGGAAUGAUUGAGAAGGCUGCUCAGUAUUGCCAUACCACUCUUAAACGACAGCUCGAGUAUAGUGGCUACUACCCAGUAGAAUGGGCACUCAAUGCUGCUACCUUGUCACAGUAUUAUCUCUCUAAGCAAUGCUUUAUGGAGUCCCGACACUGUUUAGCAGCAGCCAAUGUCAUCUUUAGCCAAGCUGGACAAGUUCCAUCUGCUGAAGACAAUGAAACAGAGCAAGACCAGCAGGACCUUCGACAGAGGAAAGCUGAAAUUGCAAGAUGCUGGAUUAAGUAUUGCCUGAAUCUUUUGCAAAGUGCUCGGAAAUUACUUGAGGAUAACAUAGGAGAGCUGGAUCCCGACAGGCAGUUGGAACUUAAAGCCCAAAGGAAAAAAGAGGAGGAUGAAAAGGAGAAGGGCAGAAAAAAAGCUGUGCUUUUUGGGACGAGUGAUAUAUGUGACUCUGUCUUAGCCAUGGAAGAGAAAGUGAGCAGUGUAUAUCCUUUAGAUUUUCAAGAAGCCAGAGAAAUCUUCCUAGUGGGUCAGAACUAUGUUCAGGAAGCAAAAGAGUUCUUUCAGGUUGAUGGUUAUGUUACUGACCAUAUUGAAAUUGUUCAGGAUCACAGUGCUCUGUUUAAGGUACUGGCUUUCUUUGAAGAAGACUAUGAGCGACGCUGCAAAAUGCAUAAGCGUAGAAUAGACAUGCUGGAGCCUAUAUAUGCAGACUUGAAUCCACAGUACUAUCUGUUGAUUAGUAGGCAGCUUCAGUUUGAACUAGCAGACACCUAUUAUGAGAUGAUGGAUUUAAAGGUAGCUAUUGGUAACAGGUUAGAAGAGCUAGACUCCCACACAAUAAAAAAAAUCAAUUCUCUAGCGCAGUUAGCGAUAAAGUAUUAUGAACUCUUCUUGGAUUCUUUGAGGAACCCAGAUAAGGUAUUUCCCGAAGAGCUCGAGGAGGAUGUUCUUCGUCCUGCCAUGGUGGCCAAAUUUCAUAUUGCCCGACUAUAUGGUAAGCUUAUUACUUCGGAUGGCAAAAAACAACUGGAAAAUAUGCAGACAUCAUUGGAAUAUUACACAUUUCUGGUAGACUAUUGUGAGAAGUAUCCGGAUGCUGUCCGUGCCGUUGAAACUGAACUAGAACUCAGUAAGGAAAUGGUGGGUCUUCUCCCAACAAGAAUGGAGAGGCUAAGAGCAAAACUGUGUCCGUUCAUAUAAAUGCUUGUCUUGAAAGGAAAUGUGCAAUAUUAAAAUGGUAUCUGUCGAAACCAAUACCGUAGGACAGAUUCCAUACUGAUGAAUAGAACUAAAGUGUCUACAGUUCAGCGCUCCAACUAGAGCCCGCAGUAAUAGAACCUUGUUAAAAAACUGAGAGCCGUCCAGUUUAGUAGCACACCCACACUAAUGGUAUAAAAUUUAAAUGUAAAUGUGAACGUCCCGCUGGUGCUUUGUAUUGCUUGUCCUGUAUGUAAAUAUAAAACUUUCCUGCCUUACCUUUUUCCCUUCGGCAUAUGAUUCGGUUUCUAAAUGUAGUGCUGUAUGGAAAUUGUUUCUUUCAAGGGAAUUUGUUGAGCUAGGAAAAUUUUCUAAGAAACUUGAGGCACGUUCUUCCAACAAGGAGACAUUUUAUCUUUUCUAACCUUUGUCCCCAGUAAACUUUAUCCAUCUGAAGGGAACUUUAUGUUAUUUCCAGUAUUUAUUUUAUAUGUUGCUCAGUGGUUUUUCUCUUAAUUAAAACCUAACUGAUGCAGGCUAAAUAAAUGGACUAGCUUGACUGAACGUUC